AAGCCACGCCAAACAAACGUCUCCGAAAGCCAGUCGCAGUUGGCAACGGAGUCCGGAAAUCGUCUGGACCCAGAAAAUAGGACAGCAAAACGGGUCAAAAACGGUCCCUUUUUAAAUACAGGUGCCGCAAGCACACCCACAGCAACGGCCAUCAGCACACAGACAGCUGGUACUGUUGACGAGGGCUUGCACAGGGGGAGCGAUCCAAACCCUACAACCCUACACGAGCGAAGCCACGACAGUGCGUGUGGUGUGCACGUGGUGGGAGGUGGCAGUGAGUCACUCGGGAGGUGUGUGGGCUCGA